AUCUCGUUCAAUUUAAUUUCAGGUCUUGUCUCCUCGUCCUCCCAUAAUGACCAUGGUUUAAAAGCUGUUUUCAGCAUGGGCGGAAUAAAGGGUGACGUCUUUUUUUCUCAGCCUCAAGUUAAGGGCCCCACAAGUGUUAUUGUCAACUUAACUGGCGUCAAUGAAACUCUGAUGUGGAGCAUUAAAGAGCUGCCAAUGAUCUACGAUGGUAAUGCGGCCUUCAGCUGUAACUCAAGCGCAGUGGGAGCAGUGUUUGAUCCUGAGAUGGCCAUGAAAGCUGCAGACUACGCCACCCAGUGUAGGUUUAGCAGUAAUUCAAGAUUUGAGGCCUGCGCAGUUGGAGACUUGGGGAAAAUGCUUGGAGACAUAACACCGAGUAAUGCAGAAAUGAAUCACACAGAUCAGAACUUGGUCAUUCCAACUAGAGGACCUCACAACAUUAUGGGUAGGACACUUGUCCUUUACAGCGGCGACACUCCCAAAGCAUGCGCACUAAUACGUCCUAAUCAACACAUGAUAACAACUGCUGUAGCCGUUUUCAAGGCUCCAGUUGCGGGAUUUAUCUAUUUGAGACAAGCGAAUCAGCAUUCGGAUACUUCUAUUUUUGUUGAUCUCUUUUAUGUCAACGAUGCACAAUCAUCCAAACAGUUUACUUGGCAAAUAAACCAAGGAGUGGUCGACGUUGACUCCUCAGACCAAACAACCUACUGCAAGCCACUGGGCGAGAGGUUCAACCCUACAGACAGCAAUAGUGAAAACUGUAACCAGACCAUGCAUGACAAUUGUCCCAUUGGUGACCUGUCUUCCAAGCAUGGAGAUGUCACAGUUUCCUUGGCAACCCCAACGCAAUCACAAAAUAAAGUGGCCUUCACCGACACUAACUUGCCCUUAAGUGGCGCUAACUCUGUUAUCGGUGAAACGAUAGUUUUGUUUUCAGUAAGCGACCCAGGAAAGCCAAUCGCCUGCGCAAAGAUCAUGACUCUGAAACGAAAGGAGUUUGAAGUUUCUUUUAAGGCUUCCGUCAAUGAUGGUGUAAGUGGAUCUAUCAAGUUUACUCAGGCAUCUCCCUUUGAUCCCACAACAAGUGUAUUCAGCCUAAUUGGUCUCGCCGAGAAAGCUGAAGGGUAUCACAUACACGUUUAUCCAAGCCCCGAGUACAAGCAUUUGUCCGCAAAGGAUUCGUGUUCUGGACUUAUCGCAGGAGAUCACUGGAAUCCAUUCAACAUCAAUAUCAAGACAAGCCCUCCUGCAGGCACAGGUAAUUACAGUGUAGCUUCUUUUUUAUUUUAAACUAGCUUUUACAAGGUUUAAUCAAGAGAAAAAUCAACGAGAAUAUAUAAAAUGAUGACCAAAUGGAAUUCAAAAUGCUCUGAUCUUUUGACGAAUUCUCUCCGUAAAUUCUUUAAGGAACUAUCCUGGUAUGGAGAUCGGUUUGGAGAACUGGAUAUUGAGACGUAAAGGGUUAACGUAGACUUUCUCAAAGUCCUUCGCUUCUCAUUUCCGGUUUCAUGUAAUUGGCCCCCGAGCUUUCGCUCUCUCGCUCGCUUUUGCCGCAGAAAACAUAAAAAUCUACCGCUCGCGCUUCGCGCUCGUGACAAAAUUUGAGCUCUACUUGUAGGCAAGUCAAGGGUUAACGCUGUUGCGACUUCUGUUUCGUGCUACACAUCCUAUGCACGUUUUGCAAAGUAUCACGGAAAUUAUCACAAAUGUCCGUGCCAGCUUUCGCGGGAAUGUUAAAGUUACGCCCACUGAUGCAUGCCAAAAAAUUGCCUCUGAAUAGCAAGGGAAACGCUAAGUUCAUUCCUCAAGGUUUAGGUAAAUUAUGAUCAACGCUUUUUACUAAGCGAUUUCCCCAAACAGCACCGUCAAACCUGAAAACCUUGGACUUCAAUUCGGAAAAAUUAAGGAAUCCUUUAAUUCGAAUUUAAGAUGCCAAAAAGGCCACAACGUGUGAAACAGACAUUGGGCAUUCAUUUGAUACCAUAUGCAUUGUACAAUAAAAAUCUGUAUCUUGAACAACCAUGUCUAGUUUACCAACCCUCCUGCUUUUAAUGCUACCUAUUGAGAUAAAUAUUGCCUCAUACAUCUUAUUUUGUAUCUCAAAGACCUCUAAGUCAACGGAAUUUUUUAACCCUUUAAGCCCUAAGAGUGGUCAGCAUGAAAUUUCUCCUUAUAAUAUCAAUGCUUUAGAAAACAGAGUGGUGAUGAGAAUUGAGUACAUGAUCAGGGAAGUCUAAUUGAUACUUCAACAAAUACUCCCCACUACUUCUAUUGAAAACGUAUAGGGACAACAAAUGCGAAUAACAAUUUUAAUAUUAGGGUUAAAAGGGUUGAGAUGCCAUAGCUGAGACGACAUUGCGGAGAACGGCACAGCCAUUGCUUUGCAUGAUAGCCUGAGAAAACACUAAAACCGACAUCUCAAGGCGCCACCACUGGUUUCCUCGCGAAAUAACAGGGAGCUUAAGCAACGACGACGGCGACGGCAACAAGAACGGCAAAAAAGCAAUAGGUUUGGAUUGGUAACUGACAACAACUUUGCAAGUGCAUCACGCUUUUUUGUCAUUUCUCAACCGUCGUUGCACGACUACAAGUAACGUGAAAUUUCACGUUUUGUCGAGGACGGAAACACAAGACAACAAAUUUCUUUUUCUUUUCCUGAACUUUGAUACAGUCCUUUAGAAUUCAACUCCAGAAAAAAUUGCCAACUUUUGACGAAUUAAACGAGAUGGAAUAAGCGCGAUAAAGUUUGAAGCAGCGCGAAUUCACUUUUUAAAUGACGUUUUCCUAGCCGUCGCCGUCGUUAAUUUGUUGCUUAAACUCCCUGUUACGUCUGAGAAACGACUGCAGAUCGAGAUUCCAUACUGAUGAAACUUUUCGAAAGCCAACUAUUUGUUUGUUUGAUUGGUUCUGCCCGGCGUUGCUGAUCGGCUCUUGCUUUACGUUCAUAAUCCUUGUUACUCGCGCAUGAGAAUUUCAACUUAUGAAAUUUUGAAAUGAAAUAACUGCAAAAAACACAUAUACGCUCUUCCCACGUACGGUAAUAUGCCCGUCUAACCUCGUUUUUGAGUAAAAAAUCCUUUGAAAUGCUAAUCAGACGACGUUUUCGUAUUUGAAUUUCAAAAGAAUUUUUACCCGUAAACGAGGUUAGACGGGCAUAUUACCAUAUGUGAGAAGAGCGUAUUAUGUUUCGUCUUCUAAGACGUGCAAACAGCGAUUUUUCACCUUGUGAAAACUUAACAAAUAGGGUACUACACCAUUUUGUCUAUUUUCUAGGAACGGACGAUGAAUAUGAAAUCGGCGACUUGAGUGGAAAAUACGGAUCCUUUUUAAACCUUACAGAGUACAUCGAACAGCACGAGGAUUAUAACCUGCCACUGUUUGGAAGGUACAGCAUCCAGGGCCGUUCGCUUGUUAUCCAUAAACUGAAAAAAGACGGAAACAAGCGAUGGGUUUGUAACAAUCUCAUGCCAGUAAAUGAUGCAGGGACUUUGUAUUUCAUGAAAGCUAGUGCAAAUUUUACUGGACCGACACUGUCAGGAAUGAUUUUAAUGGUGAGUUGACAUAACAAUGACUUCACAUGUAUCUGUAGCAUUGUAAACCAUUAUUUCAAACACUCCAUUCUGGCACUACUACUAGGGAGCAAUAGAAACGACGACAGCGACAGCAACGAAAAAAAAAAAAGAAGAAAAGAACAUUUUUUUUACUAGUAGCAAACUUUCUGGUACUUUUCUUUGCUCCCAUUGCAUGUAACCCCGAAAACCUGAUGUUAAAGUGCCUUAGCCCCUGUUAUAUGGCAAAGGGGGUGGCCCUCUCAGCCGAGUAAGCUCUAGCGCACGUUCAUAUGAGAAAAUAUUCAAUCCUUUUGCCCAAGACAAGAGCACUCGCGCAUGUUCUGAUUGUCUCGCCUUCGCCGAGCUGACCCGGCUGGGUGAGCCAAAGUGUUUAUAUAGGGAAAAGUUACCCUCCCUAACAUUAGAAAAGGGUGACCGCUACGCUAGUCAGAGUAAAUUCAGGCGUUUCUGGAGGAAAUGGAGAUCAUUUGGUGUCCGUUUAAGAGAGUUUUCAUUUAAAGAUAAUUUUUCAUUGACUACUUAUUUCUUGCUCUUUUCACACCAGUAAAUUUUACAGACUGCCGAGGAUACUGCUUGUUUGCGGACCGUCGAACCUCACAACGGCCAUGUCGGCUGACAAGAAUAAAAACGUCUUUUUCCGCUAGAAACUAAACUCAUUUUCAUGCAAAUUCUGCAAAAAAAAUGUUUUAUUUUGUUAACUAACAUGGCUGCCUUGUAACUUUGGUGCAAACCAAGAGUACCCCAUCGGCAAGAACAUUAACCCUUUAAUUCCCAAGAGUGACCAACAUCAAUUUUCUCCAAACCGGAAAGGAAACAUUAUGAGAACUGGUGAGCACCAAAGAAAAAGUGCUUUGAUCUCUAUUAAAUUCUCCCAACUAAUUCUCUAAGAAAAUGCAUGGAGAUGAGUCUGGAGAAUUUGUAUGGGGAUAUUGCGGCUUAAAGGGUUAACACGAGAACAUUAAACUCCUGAAUCAGUGUUCUGACUAAGAGUUUUAUGUGGCUGAAAUGAACAUUGCUUGUCAUUUAUUCAAGUUAAGCGUAAAAUUUUCUUUUACUAGGAUCAGUACUUUUCAAGCGAGGAGAAUACUGCUGCUGAAGAGUCCACUAUUUUCGUUGAAAUCAUGAAUGCAACCCAAGCACCGGUCGUAAGUUAUUCUACAUUGUUAUGCAGAUAGUCGUUAAUUAUGCUUAUAUCUCUAUGCGUUUUGUCCUCGUGCCUACAAUGAAACGGUCAAAAGCGAAGGUUUUCGAUAGUGGAGGUUUAUGGCAACGGGGGUUUACGAGAACGCAGGGCAAGAUUUUUAUGGACGGUCGGCGGUAAAAAUUUUCAAAAAGGCUUGGACGUAAUAACAUCACUUGCAUAACCCGGCUUCGAUCCUGAGUGACCAGAGAAAAUACAAGAAAUGUACACUCUAAAACCAUUAUUUUAUUUCCUCUGAACUGAAUUUUUCAUUUGAAUUCAAAUUUGUUUGUUACACUAUAAUCUUCUUCACUUUCGGAGUUCGAUUCUAGAAGCAAGUUAAAAAACGGAGUGAAUAGACGAGAACAUAACUGGCUGUUUAACUGAAUUCGCGACUUGAUAACCAGCGGGUAACGACAGCGCGCGAAAUUUAUGCGUUUUUGAUGUUAGUAUGGCAGCCUGUGCUAAAUAAGAAAGAGAAAGGAUCCGUAAGUUUUCCAGUCGGGAAUAUACUAACUGCAUUUUCUUCAUUCAUAACCUUCUCUCCUAUAUUGCCCGUCAACUAGUGUUAUUUUCUUUGUCAUCAGAUCGGUUACCAUAAGUGGGACGUACGUAGCAAUCCUGUUGGUAACGAUGCUACUGCUGCUGAUUCCAGCAAGAGGUGCCAGAGUUUGGAUGGACAGUUUAAUCCCUAUAAUGUUUUUACUGAGGUAAGGUUCCUGAAGCUGCCGGUAGAAAUAAAUUAAUUUACAACAAACCUUUCCUAACAUAAAGGGCUUUCACAGGAACUGAUAAUGAACAGUCGAACCUCCCGUAAGCGACCACCCAAAAUGCUUAUAUUUAGUGAUCGCUAACGGUAAUUGAAUCACAUUCAGAGAAAUGGUCCCGACACAUCUACUUGUUGGAAGAGAAAUUAAAUAUGCACUUUCUAAGUUAUGUAAACAUGUACGGUUCAAUUCCAUGUUUUUGGCACUGAAAGUUCAUCGUACACCUUAUGCAUCUCAGUGGCCGAUCCAGGGGAGGGGCCCGGGAGACCCGCCCCGCCCCCUUAUUUUUAGACCAAACUAUUUUUUUUGGAGACCAGGCCCCUCUCUUAUGGAUGACCCCUCCCCUCCCCCCCCCCCCCCCCACCCCCCAGCUCGUCCUCCCCCCUCCUCUCUCCUCCCGGGGCGGCACACACAACACACAGACACACCCCACAGCAACCACUGUAAUCACAGACAGGCGAAAAAAUACAAAAAAAAAAAAAAAACAAGAACAAACAAAAAGGACAGGAAGCUCAGAACCAAGAGACUCUUUAGACGCCCCCCCCUCGUUCAGUGUGGGCGCGCCUCCGGGGGGGGGGGCGGCGAGGCCCCGCCCCCCCCCCUUUUUUUUUCCCCAACCUUUUUUUUUUGGGAACCCCCCCCCUCUCUUUGGGUCGCCCCCCCCCCCCCCCCCCCCCCCCCUUCUCGGAGGGUCGGGACCCGCCACUGUAUCUUCUAUCGUGGUACAUACAGCGAACAAAGAGACCAUACUAUGUGUCAAGUGGUCUCUCACAGAAGAGCAAAAACAAUGGAAAACUAUAGAAUCGUCAGACCCGAAAAGAGGUCGUGGUCGCUUACCAGAGGUGGUCGUUUUAGAGAAAUUCUAAAAUUCUGUAGGGCGUUGACUGGGAAAAAUUUGGUGUCAGUUUUGGAUCCGUGGUCGUGUUGGAGGGUGGUCGCUUACGAGAAGUGGUGGUCGCAUAUGGAGGUUCGACAGUAUCAUGUUUAUUCACUUCUAUUGUUUGUAUCCUCUGGGCCUCAAAACUGUUUUCAUGACGCGGUUAAUGCACAGCAUAAUUCGCUGCAUAUUCUUUUAGGUUAUGAGACUUUGUUUAAGUUAUGAAGACAAGUGCAACUCGAAGCAGUCGACGGACUUUGUUUAAAUAUAAGCUAGCAAAAAAAACUGUGUUUUCAGCAAAAUAAUUAUAACAUAACAGAAAAGGGGAUACAAUUCAGCAAAAGGAAAUGAAAAAUAAGUACGUCAUUCCUUCUUGUCAAUGGGAAUUGUUUUGUAAUAUAUGUUGCUUAUUAUUCAGGGAAACUACCCCUCUGCUUGUGGCCCAACAAACAUGCUUCGCUGUCAGUCAGGAGACAUGAGCAAAAAACACGGAGUAUAUAUGGUGGGCGAAGGUCGACAACUGUACAAUGAUGUUAGCCUGCCAUUGUUUGGCCACAAUUCAGGUGCGAGUCUUUCUGUCGUAAGGUAUUUGAUGCCGCUCAACUAAAAGGGAUAUAGGUGUUCAGUGUUGAAACGUAAAAGAUCCAGUCUCCUCUUACAGAGUAAUAAAAAAUAGUCACUCUAAAAGAGCUCUCUUAGAAAUUCCCCCUUAAAAGGCUAUACCUAAUUAGUAUAUUCAACUAGUGGUCUAUUAUCAAUGCUGCGUUCUGAUUGGUUAAGCUACUGCUAGGCCAUAUGUUAAGCCCUUUAGUAGCGAAAAGCGCCGACUUUUUGGCGGCAAAAAAGGAUUAAAGUCUAUUGUAGCUUUAACUUGCUAAAGUUGUUUUGUCUUGAUAUUUUUGACCAACUAGUUGGAGUUUACUAAAACAAUUAUUCCUCUCGUCCUCAUGGCCUCUGAUUCGAUAGCCCAUUCGGCCUUCGGCCUCCUAGGCUAUUGACUCAGAGCCCAUUCGGGCUCGAGGAAUAAUUGUUAAAUAAGUGGAUAGGGAUUAAUUCACAAAGGGGAAGGAUUGCGGAAUAUCAAAAUAUCAACACGGUGUUGUUAUUGAAAUUUGUAUGAGAAAAAUGAUGGUGAAUAUUAUAUCAAAAAAUGAUAUAAAAGACGAUGGUGGUGAUUGACAUUAUGAGAGUCUUAUGAUAUUUCCGCUUCUCUCUCCGUUAAUCACUUUCUCUCUGGUAGCACACUUGUCAAUACAGUAAACUUGAACAAAACGGGGGCCACCAAGAAAUUGCUAGAGUACGUAAGAUUUGUUACAUCGAGUGAGCCAAAAAAUACUCCAAUCUGGAGUCAGUCUGUUCCAGCCAAAUGAGGACAUACAUCUGUCUUACAGUGCUGCCCUGGUCUGUUGAGUUCUUGCAAAGCUGAGGUUUUAACGUGUUAUUAACUUUAAUGCUAUUCGCUUGUUAACAAACUGAGCUGUCUGUAAUAGAAGCCUUUCCACAAGAAGAGGAUCAACUGUGUUGUCAAAUCGAAGAAAAUUUUCAUUGAAUGCCCCUUGAUUUGUCAGGGUUUCAUCCAAAAACAGUCAAGAUUUGUUUCCAGUUUUCUUCUUUCUUGAUGGGAUUAGAAGUUGCAAUUCAUUUCUGGCAGUUUGCUAUUUAACCCACAAUGGAGGUCAAAAGUGUUAGGACCUUUCCAGUGAUAUUAGUAAAACUAGCGACCCCUCCCCUGUCACCCCAAACAAAGUUGAAUUUUGAGCAAAAUUGGGCGGAAAGGAGUGCUUUUUUUGGCCACAAGAUUGCUGGGGGAAGUGAGGGGACGACGGGUUGAACCCAAAAAUUUUCAUUAGGAGCGGAGUGCUACGUAGCAAUUACUUGAAAGAGCUUUUUCACACAGUCCCAAGUUCUUUUGUCCUCCAUUGGAGACUUGAACCUCUACUAAUCAUAUCACCUUGCAAGGCUACUUGUUAAAAAAAAAGAUCGAUCACUUGUUGUCAUUUGUUUUCUCAGUUGUCGGCCAUGGUAUAGUAUUGCACCGACAAGAUAGCAUUGGUUGUGCGAACAUUGAGGCUGACUCAUCGCUGUUUGUGGAAAAGUCUCUGGAAUUUGUUAAAGCUAGCUCCUUUUCCAAGUGAGUAUAACCUCAUGUAUUAGAAAUUAUUUUUAACUGGGCAUCAUUUUCAGAGAAUUAAGGCGUCUCAAGGUUCGUUAUGGCAUUGAUUUGCUAGUACAGAGAACUCAGCUUGGUUAUGAUAUUCGAUGUUCGUAACUUCUAACUCAACACAACUCAUAAAAAACUUAAUGAAUGUCACGUCGACCUUAGGAUUUCUGGAUCCCAGCCUUAUCAGGUUGGCUUUCCUUAGAAAAAACACUUUGUUUCACUUGUCUUUCUUCACCCAGGUGAAUGACCCAGAACCGCAUUAGUUUCCGCCAAUUAGUGUUGUCCAAUAGGCCUUUGGAAGCUAGCCCAGAAGCUUAGCCUAAGUUUUUCCUUUCUUUUCAGGGCUCAUUUUGCAGACGUCGUGUCCAAAGCGUUGAAUAUUCCAAAGUGGCGAUUGUUCAACAUUCAUACAGAGAAAGCCGAGAAUGACAAGUGCCAAAUAGCCAAGUUUGGGAUCAUUGGCAAAGGUAUGCCAUUGUAACGACGUAAAACUCUCCAGGAUUUACAGAAGCUAUAGCUGGCGUUCACAUGACGACAUCAAAAUUCUAAAAUAAAGAAUUAUCGAUCCUCCUGAGUUUUACGUUCAUGAAGUAGUAGAGCAGCUGAAAACUAAUAUUCAUACAAAUUCUCACCUCAAAAGGGCUCUUGGUUUUGUAAUAUAGUGCGGUUGAAUUUCUAAGCUUUUGUAUCUGCCUGGACACCAACAUGGCGUCUCCAUACAAAACGCAAAACAUUUGGGUAAAUCAUUUCCUCGAAUAUCUCUCAUAUGAAAAAUUGCAGUGGCCUGAAUUUUUGCGAGGAUCUUUGCAUAUUCACUUCCUUUCAUAUCCCAGAUUCUGGACCUAAUCCAUUGAACGGUUUUGAUUUUUUGAUGGCGUGACGGUGAAAGCCAGCACUUUGUUAUUUGCUAUUCCAAUAAUUCCGAUACAUAGAUAUAGGUGUAUUAAAACCUCUAACCACUGAACUCCGCAUAUCAACGGAAAUUGCAGGUAAUCAACUCCACGAGCCGGAGAGAAAAUUUAAGGAGGUUUUAAAUUCCAACCCCGACGCCUUCGACAAGUAUCGUCCGAGCGACGACUGUGGU